CGUUCGAUCGAGCCUCACUCAACGGUCAGUUCCUGUCCCGCGGUCUUGUAAGCAAGACUCAGCAUCCGAACUAGUAGCAGCAGCAGGAGGAGGAUCCCCAUUCGCAACUUCCAACUUGCGGAUAACUUCUUUCUUUCGACCCAAAGCCGACAACCCCCGCUAAGCCAUGUCCGGACUGGCCGAUCCCGUUGCCUUCCUGAAGGAUUUUGCCGCCGGUGGCAUCUCGGCGGCCAUCUCCAAGACCGCCGUGGCCCCCAUCGAGCGUGUCAAGCUGCUGCUCCAGGUCCAGCACAUCUCCAAGCAGAUCGCCGAAGCCGACCGGUACAAGGGCAUGGUUGAUUGCUUCAUCCGUAUCCCCAAGGAGCAGGGCAUCGGUGCCUACUGGCGUGGUAACAUGGCCAACGUCAUCCGGUACUUCCCAACCCAGGCGCUGAACUUUGCCUUCAAGGACAAGUACAAGCAGGUCUUCCUUGGUGGUGUGGACAAGAACACCCAGUUUGUGCGGUACUUCAUCGGUAACCUGGCCUCCGGUGGUAUGGCUGGAGCCACCUCGCUGUGCUUCGUCUACCCGCUUGACUUCGCCCGUACCCGUCUGGCUGCUGAUGUCGGCAAGGGCGCCGGUGAGCGUGAGUUCAGGGGCCUGGGUGAUUGUCUGGGUAAGAUCUUCAAGAGUGACGGUAUCGUCGGUCUGUACCGAGGAUUCGGUGUAUCCGUCCAGGGUAUCAUCAUCUACCGUGCUGCUUACUUCGGCUUCUACGACACCGCUCGUGGUAUGCUGCCAAACCCGAAGACCACUCCGUGGUACGUCAGCUGGGCCAUCGCUCAGGUCGUCACCACAGUCGCCGGUAUCGUGUCCUAUCCCUUCGAUACCGUCCGUCGUCGUAUGAUGAUGCAGUCCGGUCGUGCCAAGACCGAGAUCAUCUACAAGAGCACAAUUCACUGCUGGGCCACUAUCGCCAAACAGGAGGGUACCGGUGCCUUCUUCAAGGGUGCAUUCUCGAACGUACUCCGCGGUACUGGCGGUGCCUUCGUACUUGUGCUGUACGAUGAAAUCAAGAAGGUUCUGUAAACUUCUGCGAAAUCCUGCUUUUAAUGCGUUUUCUUCCUUUCCAUCAUGGAUGUUCCUACGUUCCUCCCCCCCAGUUCCCUGUUCCUCCUUCCCUCAAACGAUUCCCGCGGUAGUUCCUAAUCUAUCUCUCUCUUAAACUAAUGUAUUGUAAUGUAUAUUGUCUCCUCUUAAGCGAUUCGACAGUUGUGUUCACGAAACAACCCGUCGCAAAAGUUGCGUUUUUUGCGCGUUAAUGUACAAAACAAAAUCUAAGAUCUAAAGCGAUGCAGCGAAAGAUAUAAACCAAAAACAAGUACGAAGUGAAGUGCUAAGUGUAGCAAAAUCAGGUAUCUGAGAAAAAAAUACUAUUCGAAUAAAAACAACUAUAAAACUA